GAGAUUAAUCACUUCAUUCUAAAGUUGUGUCACAGUGUCAACUCUGCUAGCGCCAUCCCAGGUCAAGCCCAACUGCUUUAAGGACAGACACUUAACAAGGUAAUUUUAUGUUUCUGUUUUGUCAAUUACAAUAUGUUAUUCGCCUAUUGGUGACAUAUAAAAGGCAGGCUAUAGGUAAAUAGCGUAUUAUUUCAUGCGUACAUUGUACUCCUCAAGCCGAGCAUGCCUUGAGUACACAUUUAGAAAUGAACAUAUAUAUUUUAGAUAAUUGUUUUUAAAAAUAUGCUUUAUAAUUAAAACUAAUGGUCUUUGUUAAGUAAUGGUUAGUUAUUCUACCAUUCCGAGGAAACUUAAUUACUAUAUUAAAAUUUACCAUACAACUAGAAAUAUUUUACACUGUAUUGUUCGUCCCAGUCUAUACAAGGCCUGCUAAACAUACGGCCCGCGGACCACUCGCGGCCCGCCAGCACCCACUUUGUGACCCGCGAAGUAACAAAAUAUUCUUUAUUCUUAUUAUUUUCUUAACAGCUUUCUCCUUGUCCUAUUUUCUUUGGGCCCGCAAAAGUUUUUCAUAAAGUAUUACGGCCCACCUUAAGUUUUGAGUUGUGCAGGCCUUGUCAAUACCAUGACACCAUACAGCUCUUACAUCGCCAUCUAAGUUGACAUCAAACAUUUUUUAUUUGAAAUGAGCCCCAAAUCCAGACCCCCAAUGACAACUUAAAUAUCUCAUUCAUCAUCACCCCUACGACCAUACCACAUCCAUACCACCACACCCCCACACCAAACCACCACACCCUACUACCACACCCUACUACCACACCCUAUCACAACACCCUUACAUUUAAACCACUACCACCUAAUUCUACCACCACACACUUACCACCUUAAUCCAAACGCCAUAACCUAGUAUGACUCUAUUGUCUUCUAACCUUCUCUAAUCCCGUUGUUACUUCUCUCGUGUUAAGUGCUUUUCAUUUUAUUUUUUUCUACUUGGGCCGCCUUAGCAAAAGUAAUUAGGCCUUGUAGCACCUCUCAUUUUUAAUUUUUUUCUUACAUGUUUGAAUAAUAACUUGUACACAUUAGAAGUGUUAUGCAUAGAAAUUUUCGAGUGCAUUGUUUAUGAAAGCCUGACAUCAAAGCCCUUCUUUUCAAUAGACUAGCGGUUGGGCCAAGAAGGGAUUUGAUGGCAUUUUUUAGAUACAAUUUUUAGGUUUCAGUAUUAAGAGGCAGGGGAUGCGAUAAAAUGAAUCUUGUUAACCUGGCGCAAAAGACUAGAGCUACGCCUCGGCCGGUGGCGCAGAAAGUGGAGUGGGGUGUUUGAACCUGGUACCCCUCCACUCCUCCGGAGAGAUGUCUGAGGAAAAAAAAACUCUGCCAUUGACCCAACAUUGACCCAACUAAACACUUCUGAUUAAUCCGCAGUUUGACCAUCGGUAACUCAGUUUUGAAUGGUAUUGUAAUACGCUGAUUCAUAGACCAUACACCAUGAAGUCAACAGAUUAGAUGCUUAGACCAUGGAGCCAACAGAUUAGAUGUUUAGACCAUGGAGCCAACAGAUAAGAUGUUUAGACUUUAAGCCGACAAUUAAGAUCCACACAUCAUGAAGCCGACCGAUUGGAUCAGUAGACCAUGAAGCCGACAGUUUUGAUCCAUACAACAUAAAGACGACAGAUCAGAUGAUACAUGCAACGUGAAGCCUAAAGUUUAGAUAUACACAACAAAAGGCCAAAAGAUUAGUUCCAACAACAUGAAGCAAACCGAUAAGAUCCAUACAACAUAAGGCCAACAAAUAAAAUCCAUACAACAUGAAUCCAACAUAGCAGCAUAGUCAUAGCACUAACAGCUGGAGAGGAGAUGACAGAGGAGAAUCAGAGAAAUGUAAAUAUUUCAGAUCAAAGUUUAUUCACGCUGUAGAUUCUGAUGUAACCUAAAUGCACUCUAGCAACUUUAAAACAUAUUAAUACCGCAUUGACGCGAUGUUCCUGGAUUCUCGAAGCUCUAGACACUGCUGAUAGUUUAUGAUUGGGGUCUCACGACAAAGGAGAUCAUCUGAACGCCAUUGCGUUUCAACCAAUGUCACUUUAUAGCAAUGGUCGGUGAAAUUAUUUUUUAGCAAAUAAAAAAUUUGCGAAAAAAAUUAUUUAACACCGAUGUUACCAUAACGAUUUAAAACGAAGAUAAUUAUAGUUUAUUUAUAGCAUUCAAGAUGGUGUACUGAAUCUAUGUAUAGAAGUAAUUUCCGAGUACAAUUUAUGUAUUAAUAAUUUUAAUCCACUGAAUAUCUAACAUUUGCUUGCGCUCUGCGUGUCUUGAGAGAUUAAUUAGAUAGUGUACGCUCUUCCCGCGCUUGACUUUGUGACGUAUUGUUAUGCUUCUUAUGACGUUUUGCCUGCUCCCGUCGUCGGAAAAUUAAUUAGUUAAAAAAAAAAACUCGGGACGAAUUUUUUUUUUUUUUUGAGAGCAAAAUUUCUUUUCAACAACUUGUCAAGCCCCACAUUUUUUGGUGUCAAACCCGAUUUUUGGCCGAAUGGCCGAGCCGCACUCAGGUCACCAAAGAACAUCAUUUUUCCGACCACUGUUCUAAUCUGUUUUGUGACGUAAUUCUUUUACCCCUUACAAACAUCAACAAACAGAGGCCAUUAUAUAUCUAGGAAACAAUAGCAAGCUGGAAAAGGGGACCGAAAACAUCCCCCCAGCUGGUGUUUGGGAAAUAUAUAGGUCUCAAAAUUAGUUUUGAGCUACUUCAGUGUCUGGCUGUUUCUGAGAGCGUCAGGAAGUGUGUUCCAAAAUUUUAAGCCAGCAAAUGCGGAAGUGCGUUGUAUAGAGAGUUUGCCACAAUAGGAUGAGUGGAGCUGUCUAGUGGGUACAUAAGUCUUUAUGAGCGCUUUGAGAUAGGACGGCGCCAGGUCAUGCAAGCAGCGGUAGCACAGAGUUGCAAUUUUGUACUCUAUGCAAGCGUGGACCGGCAUCCAAUGCAACUCUCUCAGAAGAGUUUAAGCAUGGUUGAAUUUGCGUUUGCAAAGAUCAAUGUGAACAGCGUCAUUAUGUGUUUUUUAAAAUUUAUACACAAGCGUAGCUGAAAGACUCACCAUGAGAGCAUUGCAGUGGUCCAUGAGUGAUAGCACGAAUGCAGACAUCAGCCUCUUUAUUGCAUAAAACGUUAAGAAAGGUCUGAUGUGACCAAUUCUUCGCAGCUCUAGAAAAAUCGCCUUGCAAAUCAUGUUAAUUUGAUUUUACAAGAAGACAUCCAGUUUCGCACUCUUUGAGCAAACUCAAUCUGUAUACCGGAGAGGAUAACGGAUGGUGUGUUAUUUAGAGAUUUUAGUUUUUCAGAAUUAGCAAUGGGGACCAGCUUGAUCUUUUCAUCGUUCAAUUUGAGCUUGUUUAUGUUCAUCCAAUGCUUAACUGACUCCACAGCCUCCUGUGCCCUACUAAGAGGCUGAGACAACUGAGAAGGCAUCACAGACUGCUGAAGUUGGGUAUCAUCUGCAAACAUGGUACAUAUAGCAUGUCAAAGCAGCUUGAUCGCUGCUUUAAGAAAUGAUCCAUACAAAAAUAAAACCAACAGAAAAACAGCUGUAGAAAAAAAUCCAAUCCAAAGAAACACAAGGGUUUACUUUUUACCUUGAGUUGUUCAAUCAGUUUAUACCUUACACCUACUGAACGACAUCAUUUCUGUAUACAAUCGGGCUGACCAGCUAUGUGCGUAGUCACAGACAGGAUAUGAACCAGCGUGAUUUCAAUGAUUAAAAUGGUCUUGAUCGAAUUCACGUUGAAAAUCGCAACAACAACUACAAAAACAAAAACAAAAAAAAGGGGGGGGGCACCGUUACGCAUUUGCGGUAUUUCCCAGAAAAUAGCUUGUGAAAAUAAAUUCAAAAAAAGCCUUUUAUUUUUCCUAACGGACAUGUAUGGAAAAUAGUUAUUUUUACGACAUCAGUUUUGCCAUUUAGAAUGUAUGUGUGUGGCCGUUGAAAGCUUCAAGACGACCACGAGGUAAAUAGAUAUAAACCUUUGCGGAUUAUUCUUUUUCUUACAUUUUCCCAAACGUUUGCACCUCCCCCUCCUAGGAAUCAUCGUGAAACUUCACCCAACCACGCCACAGUCUUGUCCGUUUAAACCUUCUCAUUAGUUCCUAACAACAAUUGAACUGCUUGCCUGUGCACGUAACCACAAAACUCUGGAAACGUUGAGGACCUUCAUUUUGGUUUCAUGAGCACAGCAUUUAAAUCUUUAAAAAGGUACUGCUAACAACCCUUGAAACAAGAUGCGCAUAUUUGAAAGACAUUUAAACUACAACUUUCUUUGUCUAGAUUUCAUUCAUUCAAAUAAAUACAUUAUUCUAAAGGGAAUUGCUUUCUUUGUGAUGCCAUUAAAUUUUCUCAUUAAAAAAAAUAUUUGAAAAGAUAAAUGUCAUUAAAAUAGUUAAUUUUCUUUCAAUUAAACUUUGAUUUAAUAGUAUCAAUUCAAAAUGAUAUCCACUCCAGUAAGUUACAAAUUUAAUAAGCUUCUUAAAAGGGUACUGACAUAGGUAUCAGAAACGGUGAAUGUAACACAAACUACACACAUGUUGAGUGCAACUCUGUAAGGUUACUGACUACUCUGAGCAGAAAAAAAAAUUCAAACACAAAUGGUAACAAUGUCAAGAAAGAAGGGAUUUUAUGGGGAAUUAAUUUAAUCUUUAAAUUAGAAUGUUGAAAGCAAUAGGGUAAAGGGUAUUGACAUGUAUAUCAUGUAAUACUUCGAUUGAAGUUUUAAAUUACGCACUUUGAGGACAAAGUUAAUUUUCGCUAUAUAUCUGAGGUGAUUUAAGAUUAUUUUUUGUUUCUGGGUGGCUGGAUGGUUGGGUCGAAAAAUAUUUGAAUGACUAAUCAUCCCGUCAAGCUAUCGAUCUGGAACUUGGUACAUACACUUCAUGCCACUGAAAACACAUUCGAUCAAAAUCUUCAGCCCAUACUCCAAAGGCCGAAAAAUCAUUUUCCUGUAUUUCAAGGGGAAGACAAAAGAAAAUUCGCAAACUACGCAAAAUGACUUUUUUUUUUGGGUCAAAUAUCGCCAUUGAAUUUUGUGCGUAACCUUUUUUUUCUUUUCUCAAACUUUUGUUGAAAUAAAUCUCCUUUAUAAAAGUGGAUGAGUCAUAUGAAUAUAUAUUAAUUCAGUGGCCUGAAAAAAAUAAUGCGGUUGGGAGCCUAAAAGGGAAGAGGUGGGAGGGGGAGAAUUAAUCUGUAUUGUUAUAAAGAGUAUAAUAUGCUGGGUGCUGGGUGACCGAUUGCUCUCAACUGAGCAAAUUUCAAGUUGGUGGUCUGGAGUUCAAUUCCAGCCAGAGCUCAGUCAAGCAAAAACACCACCAGCACCCCGGGUAGAUGGGACUCGUUAACCUUGGAUGGCAACUCAUCUAAGAGAAGGAAACUCUGAAAUCAAACCCGGAAUUAGAGUUAACAUUGGUACAAUGAAACAUUCCGACAACUCCUGCGACGUCACUGGCGCCAAGCUGUAUCAUCCAAAUGAUGUUCCCAGCAGCGUGGAGCGAGGCGAUUUGCUGUUGGGAACCAGCUUAUAAUCCUAGAAGAAGAAUCCCAAGCCUUGUGGAAUUCGUCCUGCGAAGACCACACCAUCGUCACAUUGUGACGGACGGAUGCCAGCAAUAAAUAUUCAUGAACUUUUGUUUUCAACCCAACCCCCACCCUCCAAUUGUUUAUACAAAAAUAACAAAAUUUUAAGGGUUAUUUUAAAUGUAAAAUUAACGCAAUCUCUAUCACCCAGACAGUCACAAUGGGAAGGAAACAUGUGUGUUUUAUUCUCAUUCUUACACUUAUGAUUCUUCCAGAGGCGAGAAGUGGUAAGUCCAACUUUAUUAAAAAAUGAAUUAAAUGUAUUUGAAUAAUUAUAAAAAAAAUAAAUAUUAAAGGAUCUAAGGUAAACACACAACAACAGACAGACAGACAGACAGAAACCAAGCACAAAUCAAAUCGAUACAUGGUUUCUCUAUGCGUAGAUUUGUAUUUUAUUAUUAUUAUUUGAAAUGUUGCGCUGAGUUCAUCCUGGUUUGUGUCACUACAUAAAACAUACCAGUAAAAUUUGUAUUUUGUUAUCCUUAUAUUAAAUGUAAAAAAAAAUAUUUGAAAAGAUUAAAAAUAAUUUUAAAAAAUUAAGGAGAAUAUAAUAGAAAAGUUUUUUUUUAAAUUACAAUUUGAAUUGGUUAGAAUGACGAUAUUGUGCUAUAUUAAGUGUACAACUUUAUUCAAUGGAACGGUCACUUAUAUUCAACGUGUGUUAUUUUGUUUUAAAAAUAUUGUCAUGAAGAUAAAUAAAACGAGUAUUCUUAACACACAAUAAAAUACACAAAUACUUAAAUAAAGAAAUCAGAUAUAAAUAUUGAUAAAGAUGGCUACGGGGAUAAAUUUAAUCAUUACACAUAAAAUAAAAAGUUCAAUGAAAUCAUCCCCCCCCCCACACACACACACUUUUUCACCAAUAUUUUAAAAAAAAUGGAACUAAAAUGACAUUAUAUUCACAUCCCAAUUUUAAGUAACAUGCUCGGAGUCAGUGACUUUUCAAGCAGACGGCGCGUGUUACGUGUACUUUAACCAGCCACUUCCCUACGCACAGGCCGAGGUAAAGUUGCUUUACUUUGUGUUUAUUGAAUGAAAACGUACGAAUGUGUGUUGUUUUAAAGUGUAAUGACUGCAGGACAUGACAUAGAUUUCUUUGUGAAGUAUAAUAUAAACUAUAAUGAUGGCUCUGCGACGCCUUUGGUAAAAAAAACACCAAAAAAAACAAACAAUUCUAUUAUGUAUCGGAUUUUAUUGAGCCUCUCAUCUUGAAGAGAUUAGUUUAAAUGAUUAAAUUGUUAAUACAUUGCUAGGCUACUGUAGGCGUUUUUCUCAAGAGAUUUCUUAAUCAAUAGAUAGUAGACCGUAAUCUUGUUGCUCAAAAAUAUUCUUAAUGUAUAGACAGUAGACCGUAGUCUUUUUGCUCAAACGUUUUCUUAAUGAAUAGAUAGUAGACCGUAGUCUUGUUGCUCAAAAGUUUUCUUAAUGUAUAGAUAGUAGACCUUAGUCUUCUUGCUCAAAGUUUUCUUAAUGAAUAGAAAGUACACAGUAGUCUUCUUGCUCAAAAUUUUCUAAAUGAAUAGUUACGUACAGCCUUUUUAUUUGAGAAGUUGUUAAUGAAUAACUAUUUGACUAUAAUUUUAUUACUCAAGAGGUUUUAUGAUACACAUCCUUUUCCCUAAACGCUUCUUUUCCAAUUGAUUUGUUAAUACCUAACUAGUGGAUCUGAGACUUCUUCCUCAAGAGGUUUGUAAAUGCCUAACUAGUAGACCUUAGACUUCUUAUUCAAGAGGUUUUUAAUGCCUAACUAGUAGACCUAAGACUUCUUAUUCAAGAGGUUUUUAAUGCCUACCUAGUAGACCUAAGACUUCUUACUCAAGAGGUUUGUAAAUACCUAACUAUUAGACCUUAGACUUCUUAUUCAAGAGGUUUUUAAUGCCUAACUAGUAGACCUAAGACUUCUUAUUCAAGAGGUUUUUAAUGCCUAACUAGUAGACCUAAGACUUCUUACUCAAGAGGUUUGUAAAUCCCUAACUAGUAGACCUAAGACUUCUUACUCAAGAGGUUUGUAAAUCCCUAACUAGUAAACCUUAGACUUCUUACUCAAGAGGUUUGUAAAUGCCUAACUAGUAGACCUUAGACUUCUUACUCAUAAGGUUUGUCAAUGCCUAAGUAGUAGACCUUAGACUUUUUACUAAAGAGGUGUGUUAAUACCUAACUAGAUGACCUUUGACCUCUUUCUUAAUUGGUUUAUUUGGUUCAUGCUUCUUUUAUUGUCAUUAUGUUUUUUAGGGAUAAUAGCAACAACAAAAAAAGUGUAAUCCAAAAAUGCAACACAUAAAUGCACAUAAAAGCAAAAGGGUUAACAAAGAAGCUUGCAUCCUACCAGGUUAUUUCAUUUAAAAAAUGGAACUAUAAUUUCAAAAUAAAAAUAUGUCCUCAGUUUAUUUGCCAAGCCAGCGGCAAAAUUCUGGCAAAGGUGACGUUGCUCAGCGAUGAGUUUUACCAAGAGUACAUCAGUCAAGCAGGUAAGUCAUAGAGCCCACGGAGUUCUCUUCUUUCUUUUUUUUUUUAUUUCCCUUCCGCCUGCUUCCACCCGAGGGUUGUCAGGAACGUUCUUUGUUUGUUUUUUUUUGUUUCUUGUUUUUUUUCUUCCAGAUUUCAACUUACUUUGUUUCACCCACUUCCUGACAUUGUGUUCAACCGUGAGUUUGGUACUCGACCUUCGUUACUCUGACAGUUUCCAAACUAUCUUAAAAAUAUAUAUAUAUAUUUAUUUUUUUUUCACAUAAAUUUUUUGUGAUUUGAACAUUAAAGAACACAUCACAUCAGCUCGUCAUGUCGCUCUGCCAGCGGAAAUGGUCACCCUAAGAGCCGGAUAUUUCAAAAAGUUGAAAUGACGUCAGUUGAAACACAAAAUAUAUAUCCCGGGGAAAAUGUUUUUUUUAAAAUAAAUAUUGCAAUUACACAUGCGGAUUUGAAUUAGACAAGACAACUUUGCUAUAGAAAGUUAGGUCAGAUCUGUUAAAGUCAUCCACCACAUCAUGAUUUAACUUACACCCUAUUAUUAUUAUUAUUAUUAUUAUUAUUAUUCUAACAGAGUACAUGAAUUCUUGAAUGCAUUUAUAUUGCAGAGAGUAAAUCUUGGAUUGGUGCCAGCGAUACUGUUCAAGAAGGAACCUGGGUGUGGGCAGCGGGCGGUGAUGCGGGCUCAGAGUUGUCCACGCUCUGGCAGAGCAACAAUCCAAGCAACACCACGGAUGACUAUGAUUGUGCGGCCAUCUCCUUCUAUCCACAACAGCUUAUAGAUCCCGACGGCAAUCCUUACGUUGGAUCAGCAAUUGGUAUCAUUGACGACGACUGUCACAAUGAGUAUCCACUUCUUUGUAUGGAAAAAGGUAUCUAAUUUUAUUUUUUUUUAAAAUGGUGUCAUCAUGUGAAAAUUUAUCACAUAGGGUCACGAUAAAGACAUCAAGUACAUGGUCAUCAAAGGAGAAUAAAGCUAUUUUAUAUUUAAAGUGAACCAAAACUUUGUUUCUAGUAUCAUUAGACUUGGAAAAGCCAAACAAAUUCAAGAUAAGCAAAGAAUAAACAACAACCAUCAGAAUAACGUCAAGUAUUUCUUUAAGGGGAUUCUUGGUUAUGUUGAUCUGUGAUUGACAUGUGGCAUUGCAUUACAAAAACGCUAAUUUGAUAUUCAAAAUCCAUUCUUUUGCUAGAGUUUAGAUGAGAUAAUCUACGUUUCUGAUAGAAAAAAAAACUAAGGCGCGUUUCAUCAAGAUCCCAUUUGAAACUAAAAAUAUAUUUUCAUACAUAAUUUGACAUAUGCGAUCACAACAAGCUCAAAAAACGACCCUGAUACCACAGAGCCUACUACCGAGCCUACCAUCGAACCUACCACUGAGCCUACCACCAAGCCUACCACCGAGCCUACCGCCGAGCCAACCACCGAGCCUACCACCGAGCCUACCACCAAGCCAACCACCGAGCCUACCACCGAGCCUACCACCGAGCCUACCACCGAGCCUACCACCGAGCCUACCACCGAGCCUACCAUCGAGCCUACAACUGAGCCUACCACCUCCACCGAGCCUACCGCUGCGCCUACCCCCGAGCCUACCACCGAGCCUACAACCGAGCCUACCACCGCGCCUACCACCAAGCCUACCACCGAGCCUACCACCGAGCCUACCACCGAGCCUACCACCGAGCCUACCGCCGAGCCUACCACUGAGCCUACCACUGAGCCUGCAACUGAGCCUACCACUGAGCCUACUACCGAGCUUACCGCCGAGCCUACCACCAACACUGAGGCUUCCAAAGCCGGAGCUAGUGUGACAUCUCUGACGACGUCUUCCGUCACACCUCUAACUGAAACCAAUGCAAUUAUGACUACCAAACCUACCUUGAUGAAAUGUGGCGCCAACUGUAUCGACUUCAAUGUCCUAUUGUUUUUAACAUUGUGUGCGUUCAUUUACCUAGUCAUUUGAAUGUGAGUGGUUGUUACUUUUUUAUUUCAUUAUUUCCUGCUAUAGAAGAAGUUACUACUUGCUUGUCAGAGUUUUAAAUAAAAUAUUUUCUAAUGAUAAAUGUGGGAGCC